CAGGCGCCCCGCUGCUCGGUGGCAGGAGGGCCGGCGGAGCGCCAUGGCCUGCAUCCUGAAGAGAAAGUCUGUGAUUGCAGUGAGCUUCAUAGCAGCGUUCCUCUUCCUGCUGGCUGUGCGCCUUGUGAAUGAAGUGAAUUUUCCAUUGCUACUAAACUGCUUCGGACAACCUGGUGCAAAGUGGAUACCAUUCUCCUACACAUACAGGCGGCCCCUUCGAACUCACUAUGGAUACAUAAAUGUGAGGACGCAAGAGACAUUUACUGACACACGUCUCAAGUCUGCUGCCCCUCCUACAUCAAAUCUUCUGAUUCACUGGCUUCAUGUGGAGUUGAGGAAGCAAUUACAUGUUUUCCUGGUGCCUUUGCAACUGGACUGUAACCUUUGUGCCAUAGUGUCAAACUCAGGUCAGAUGGUUGGCCAGAAGGUGGGGAACGAGAUAGAUCAGUCUUCCUGCAUUUGGAGAAUGAACAAUGCCCCCACCAAGGGCUAUGAAGAAGAUGUUGGCCGCAUGACAAUGAUUCGAGUUGUAUCCCAUACCAGCGUUCCUCUUUUGCUGAAAAACCCUGAUUAUUUUUUCAAGGAAGCAAAUGCUACUAUUUAUGUUAUUUGGGGCCCUUUCCGCAAUAUGAGGAAAGACGGCAAUGGCAUUGUUUACAACAUGUUGAAAAAGACUGUUGACAUCUAUCCCAAUGCCCAGAUUUACGUGACCACAGAGAAGCGCAUGAGUUACUGUGAUGGAGUGUUUAAGAAGGAAACUGGGAAAGACAGAGUCCAGUCUGGCUCUUAUCUCAGCACGGGUUGGUUUACCUUCAUUCUGGCCAUGGAUGCCUGUUACGGCAUUCACGUCUACGGGAUGAUAAAUGACACCUAUUGCAAGACAGAAGGGUAUAGAAAAGUCCCCUACCAUUACUAUGAACAAGGAAGAGACGAAUGUGAUGAAUAUUUUCUUCAUGAACACGCCCCAUAUGGGGGGCAUAGGUUUAUCACGGAAAAGAAAGUGUUUGCUAAAUGGGCCAAGAAACACAGGAUAAUAUUUACACACCCAAACUGGACAGUGUCUUGAUGUUGGCUUUUCUGACCUUGCCACACCACUUGACAUGAUCAUGAUACUGCAACUGUGAUGCUAAUGAUGCUGAUGCUGGUGAUGAUAAAGACAACAACAAUGAUGAUCAAGUUUCUGUGCAUUCUCAGAUAUGGACGGUGAUUCUGCCAGUUAUUUGAACUUGGGAUUUCGUGGAGGGUAGUUGUGCUCAUUACGUUCUUUCUGAAGGUUCAACAUUUCAUACUGCACUUUAUAAUCUAACUGGAAUUGAAAUAAAGGCCAGUAACAUGACAGGCAUGACCUAAGAAAUGGGAAGAUUAUCCUUCAAAGUAGUUGCCCAGGAUUCUUGGACAGUGAGUAACUUCCAAAAGCCCUGGGAUUGGGUCUCAUGAGGCAAGGUUAUUGACUCUUCUGUCUGUUGAACCUGAGCAGCUCCACCAUCUUGAAGAAUGG